AUGCAAAACCUGAAUAUAGAUUUGGCGAUCCGCGUUUUCCGCCAUAUCGGAGAGAUUUCAAUGGUGUUUGCACUAGAAGAAGUGAACGAUCUUGAGGAAAAAGUGCUGGUCUCCGGUCAUCUCGCGCUGCUCAUCGAAGAUUUUGACACAGCUGAGAAAAACUUUUUACUCAGCACUCAGCCACUGGAAGCACUUGAUAUGAGACGGGAUCUCCUCCAUUGGCCAAAAGCCCUGGAUCUAGCCCAAAAACUAUCACCAGAUCAAAUACCGUAUAUUUCGAAGGAGUACGCUCAACAACUGGAAUUUAUGGGUGAUUAUUCGACGGCGAUGAUGCAUUAUGAAGAAGGGAUUUUAAAGGAUCCGGAAGAUCAGGAGCACAAUGAUGUCUGUAAGAGUGGAGUGGCGCGUACUGCCUUGAGAAUUGGCGAUGUCAGAAAAGGCAUGGAGUUGGCAGUCGAGAUCGAGGGCCGAUUAAUAAAAAAGGAAUGUGCAUUGAUUCUCGAGCAUCUAAAGCAAUUCACCGAUGCGGCCGUCAUUUACGAGAUUGGGCAAUUUUAUGAUCGAGCGGCUGCAGCGUCAUUGAAAGCUAAGAACUGGAGCAAGGUAGCCGAGCUACUUCCAAAAGUGAAGUCCCCAAAAAUUCAUGCUCAAUAUGGUAGGGUGAUGGAAGGGGAGAAGAAAUUUAAGGAGGCAGCAGCGGCCUACAAGAAUGCGAAAGAUUACGAUAAUUUGGUGCGCGUAUUGUUGGACCAUAUGGAUAUGGCUGAAGAGGCUGUGAGGGUCGUUCGGGAAAGUCGUUCUGUUGAAGGAGCGAAGCAUGUUGCGAAAUUCUUCACAAAACUUGGCGAACACACUUCAGCCAUCCAAUUCCUGGUCUUGUCACAAUGUCAACAGGAAGCUUACCAACUGGCCGAGCAAACAGGAAAGAUGGAAGAUUAUGCAGAAGCGCUGGGAGAUACCGGAACUGUCGAACAGUACGCCCAAGUAGCCGAUUUCUUUGCCUCGAUGGGGAAUACACUUUUGUCCGGGACUUAUCAUUUCAAAGCCGGGCACUAUGCCGUGGCAAUGGAUUACCUCUUGUCCCUCGGUGAAAACUUUGAAGCACUACGAACUGCGAUUGAAUGUGUAGCUGAAGCUGGGGAUCAGGGAUUGAUCCAUCGAUUGACUCAAUUUCUACUCGGCGAAACUGAUCAGAUCCCAAAGGACCCGAAAUACCUAUUCCGAAUGUAUGUUGCACUGCAUAUGUCACGGGAAGCAGCCAAAACCGCCGUCGUCAUUGCAAAAGACGAACAAAAUCGAGGAAAUUACAAAGUGGCGCGAGAUCUACUAUUUGCCAUGCACCAGGACUUAAAUGACAAAAACAUUGCGGUACCGAAUGAAAUGCAAUACAGCAUGAUGCUGGUCCAUUCAUAUUUGAUCGUGCGGAAUCUGAUUAAACGCGAUGAUACCAUGCAUGCGGCCCGGAUGUUGAUACGAGUUGCGCAGAAUAUCAGCUGGUUCAUGACUCAUUCGGUGUCGAUUCUUACGUCAGCUGUUGUAAUUUGUACCAAAGCUGGUUUAAGAGGAGCUGCUCAUCGAUUCGCGGUCCAACUGAUGCAAGCGGAAAAUCGGAACAAAAUUGAUGUCAAAUACAAAAAGAAAAUUGAGCAAAUUGUUCGAAAAACCGAUAAGCCGACUGAUCCUGCUGAGCCAGUAGUUCCGUGCCCAUUCUGUCGACAUCCAGUCGCAGAGACAGAAUUGAGCUGCGUGAUGUGCAAAAAUCAGCUACCGUAUUGUGUGGUUACGGGACGGCAUAUUGACGCUGAUGAUUUUGCACUUUGUGAGGGUUGUCAUUUCCCAGGAUAUUUUAGUGAAUUCAAAAGACUCGCCGCUCUAGGCGAACCUUGCCCAAUGUGUGCAGCAUCUUGUGGUGAUACUACACGAGCCGACUGGGACUCCUAUGUACUUGCUACGCGGAAGAAAAAGGAAGAACUG